AUGGAUGUGCAUUACAAAACAUAUGCCAGUCGUAGCAGUCGGGAUAUUAGAUUCAAUCAACUGUUACGUACCAAGCCCCUGUCAACAUGUUCUUCCUCCUCUCCCACCGCAUUUUCAAAGUCAAGUAUAUCUGUUAGUCCCAGAAAAAGGGUAAACGUUGUAUCUUUUGUUCCUACUGGUGAGGGACAAGAAUUAAUAACCAGGUCUCCUGAAAAGAUUGUGUCAGAAAACCAAGAUAACACCACUUCAGGUGCCACGCAAAUAGCUGUUCCAUCUCAGUCAUAUACACCCCAUUCAGUUACUGAAGUGGUUGUCACUAAUUCACAAACCGUGUCUUCUGCGGGAUACAAGGAAUACUCAAACCGUCCAGCAAAUACCAGUACGGCAGAUAACUCUCGUAAUCGUCCACCUGGUUACACAUUCAGUCGCAGUCCCAUCCGUUGUACAAACCCUAAGUUUGACCAGAGUCAGCAAGAUGUUGCUUUGGCUCCUGCUUCUACGCCGUCGUCACACGUUACCACUGUACAUUGCAUCUCGUCUUAUCCGCAAAUGAAUAUUAUCAGCUACCGCAGUCAACCUGUAUCAUGUCCAGCAAAACCAGCAACUCAUCCAAAGUUGCAAAGCAUAGAUAAGAGUCAAGUGACUCCUGCUGUAACUGUAUCAAACAGUCAGUUAAAAACGUAUAACUGCACUGAUAUUCCCAAAAGCAGCCGUGACCGCAUUUUUCUGAACGCCUGUUCUGUUGCAACAUCAGAAACUAUGGAUAGUUCAAUUUUCAGUGUAUCCAAAUCUUCCUCACGGCCCCUUCUUACAGGCAAAAACAAGAGGGCUGCCUAUAAUCCACGUUCUUGGCAAAAAGAUAUCGAAACAGAAGACAGUUCUCCCACCAAGCUGCAGAGAAUGAGUGAGCCAUUCUUAUGUCAGUUUUCGACUUCACCGAGUGAUUCUCAGUUGGACACCAAGGAAUCAUCAGCGUUAACCAGUCAACAGAAUCCGGAAACCUGUAUGGAUUACAAAAAAUCUGGCUCUAAUGAGCUCGAUGAUUUCGCAUUUCAUGACUGCGAAGAAGAAAUAACGAAAAACUGUGGUACCCUACGCCCUACUUCAUGUUCAUCUAAGACAUUAACGAAAUGUCGCAGGAAAUCAGAUGAAGAAGAUGAAGAUGUGGAAGAAGAUGACGUUAAACCUUGGUUCCGUCCCGCUUCUCGCGAUAAGGUUUCCGCUGCAUCUGGAGAGAAAUUAUCUGGCAAUUCGAAGAAAAUAAAAGUUAGCAAAUCGGAAAAGUCUUUGUAUACUGUGCUGCACAAAGUAAAAGAGGCGUAUGUUUGUCAAGAACAAGGUGAAACUCAGGACUUACUAGAUGAUGUAGAAUAUUUGGUUGAUGGUUUGGCAGAUCGUAAUCAAGUCAACACUCGAGCACUCAGUGUGCUAACUUUAGCCAACAAGUGUCUAGCUGCCUCCUUCCGAUAUACGCUCAUUGCUCAUGGUCUGUUGAAGCGAAUUUGUGCAAAGUUACACGAUGCCUACAAGGAUUAUACAUUGGCGCUUACUUCUGCAGGAUUAUUGUUUGUUUUAUCGCGGGAUCGUGAUCCAAAUAUAUUAGAUGUUGAUUCUCUGGCCAUUGUACUCAAAUUAUUUUCUGCACCAGACACAAAUUCAAACGGUACUGGAAGUGUUUUUGAAGCGAAUAGGAAUAAAGAGGCUGAACGUGUACGUAUGCGAGUUCGUCAACUAUUGGAUGCAUUACAACAGAAUAACGCCAAGAGUUUAACAUCGACUACAUCAAAUACUCUAGAUGUAAGCAAUAAUUCUAACACAAUUACAUCAUCUAAUCAGUCCCUUUUCUCUGGAGGGAAACGAUCACUUCUACCGUUUGGAUCCAAACCUCCUAUAUGCGCGAGUUUGAAUACUCGACAUUUACAGAUGACCCGUCAACUAACGACGUCAGAUCUUGUCAUUGAAUCAAUCCUAAAUUUUGGCACACGAAAAGCAGGAGAUUGGUUCAAAGCAGAACUUCGCAAUGGUGGUGGAUUAGACAGAGUUGCAGAUGCAGCCUCAGAUGCGGUAGAUUACUUAGCUGAUUUGGAUCCAGCAAAUGCUUCACGCAGGUCAAAAACUAUGUGGCGUUCUUCUACAAGAAUCGACAAUUUCGCUUUGGAUAGGCUGAAGCGGGUCUGUCAUUAUACAAGGCUACUGGAAAAUAUGACCUAUAUGAACUCGGACAAUCAAACCUAUUUAGUGCACUAUCGUGAUGGCAUACUUGUUAAUCGUUUAUUAACUUGUCUACGUGUAUGUAUGUCUCACUUACCAAUAUCUGGGUCAACAAAUCAACUAAAUUGUAAUCCUGUUGAUGUAAAAACUACUGUAAAUAGUAGUGUAGGCAAUAUUUCAUCGAAUAAUAAUAAAACUCAAUACGAUAGCCAAUCCAUCUUAACUGAUUGCAUUUUGUGCACAUUUCGAUUUCUAGUAAAUGUUUCACAUAAUGAAUUUGCAAGUGAGCGACUUGGUGCAUGUUCAAGCUUUCUAGAAACUGUUUUCGAUUGCCUGCUCAAACUUCCUGAUCGUUUACCUGCAACAAAGAGGUUUGAUAUACUUGUCUUGGUGCUUUGUCUACUGGUGAAUAUGUGUGAACACUGUCCAGAAAAUCGUACUCGAAUUGUUUAUCUGGAUAUUACAAAAUCAUGUGUCAAACAAAAUUCUCCAUUGAAUCAGACAAGCGGUAAAUACAUAGACACAUAUGAUGAUGAAGAGGGAGAGGAAGAGGAAGAGACAGAUUCACGAAAUAUUAUAACUACAUCGGCUCUUGAUGAACUGAUACAGCUAUUCCUUACACGUGAAGAAUGCGCACGUAAUCACGAUUUUGAACGAGAUGAUGAUGAGGCUGUGGCAGCAGCAGCUCGUCGACGUUCAGAAGAGGAAUCAAAAGAUUACUGUGGAGAUUCUCAGCUAGUGCGUCCCGGUCGCCCUAAUCCAACUGUUGAAGAAGCUGGCUUAAAGUGGCGAUUAAUAGAGGAUCGAAGAGCAAUGGGUCUGUACAACAGAGGCUGUUUAGGAAGGAAUCGAAGACGAAGGUGUCAUAAGCAAAAAUCCAAGAAAGGUAUUAUCAUUGAAAGGCAGCAAAAUCUUAGUGAUGUCGAUGAAGAAGAUGAGGAGGAUUCCGAUGAGCUUGAUGAUAUCGAUAACAAUGAUGAAGAGGAAGAUGAAUUGGAUGAUGGUGAUGAAGGAGAGGAGGAUGAUGAGGAUGACGAUGAAAGUGUCGGUAGUGGUGCAGAUGUGGAAUUUGUAGCAGAUACACAAGAAGAACAAGAAAAGUUGGCCAAAAGUAUGUCUCAGGCUCAACAACAUAUGGAAGACUCCGCUGUUGCUGCUUAUGCCGCUCUACUACUCGGUUGUAUCCUUCAGUCAAGUCCUCGUUAUACAGAUCGUAUCAGGUCGAAACUCCCAAAUGGUCAAUUUCGUCCACUGGCAAUUAUGUUAGCCAAACUUCUCAGCUUCUUGUCAUUAACUAAAGGUGUAGGCUCAUCUGGAUCUGAGUCAAUACUGCGCAUUGUUCGAAUAUUAGAAGCUCAGGACAAAUAA